UCUAUCCACCCCCCGGCUGCUGCUGGGCUUGCGAUUGCCGCUCGCUCCAGCUGAGCUAAGAGUAGCAGCAGCUCCAGGGCAGGGACCGACUCUAGCCCUUGGACUUAGGACAUCGCAGUACCUUCCCUUGCGUGCGUGACUCUUUCGCACAUCAUUUCUGUUUAUGCCUGGGGUGGGGAGAAAAAUCCCAAACCAGCUGUGUAAAUGAGUAUGGAAGAUUAUGAUUUCCUGUUCAAAAUUGUUUUAAUUGGCAACGCUGGUGUGGGGAAGACGUGCCUAGUCCGACGGUUCACUCAGGGUCUUUUCCCCCCAGGUCAAGGAGCCACAAUUGGAGUUGAUUUUAUGAUUAAGACAGUGGAGAUUAAUGGUGAAAAAGUAAAGCUCCAGAUCUGGGACACUGCAGGUCAAGAAAGAUUUCGUUCCAUUACCCAGAGUUAUUACCGAAGCGCCAAUGCCUUGAUCCUUACCUAUGACAUUACCUGUGAGGAAUCCUUCCGCUGCCUUCCUGAGUGGCUGCGGGAGAUAGAACAAUAUGCCAGCAACAAGGUCAUCACUGUGUUAGUGGGAAACAAGAUUGACCUGGCUGAAAGGAGAGAGGUCUCCCAGCAGAGAGCAGAAGAAUUCUCAGAAGCUCAGGACAUGUAUUAUCUGGAGACUUCAGCCAAGGAAUCUGAUAAUGUGGAGAAACUCUUCCUUGACUUAGCAUGCCGACUCAUCAGUGAAGCCAGACAGAACACACUGGUGAACAAUGUAUCCUCACCUCUCCCUGGAGAAGGGAAAAGCAUCAGUUAUUUGACUUGUUGUAAUUUUAACUAACGGCUGAGGCAAGGAGAAGCAAAAGGCAUCAGCAGCUGCCCCGAUGGGCCACGAGUUGCUGGGGAGAUCAGAUGAUAACUGUGGCUCCUGCUCUGGGACCUUCUGACUCCUGUGGGCUCCUGAGCUUACAAAGCAUGGCAGGCCAAGGGCCUCGUCCACAGGCCAGCAUUAGCAGAACACAUAACGGUUUCAUCCUUUUGCAGUCUGGAGUUGGAGUGAGAAGAAAAUUGCACUAGGCGCUCCAUGAUCUGCAGAGCAUGUUGCUUUUUUUUUUUUUUUUUUUUUCCCUCCAAAAAAGCAAGUAAAAGUGCAUUCCUGAACACAGUCCAGGGGGAAGUGUACUGUAGGGAUCCCUACUGUACAUCAGUGGGCGCAUGUGGGGGCUGUUCUUUAGGGCUUCAGUGGUGACAUUCUGGUGGCCCUGGUUUUCUUGUCUACCAGGUAAAACAAAACUGGGAACGCCAAGUACUCUCUGUGGUGUGUAAUGAUGACCCCAUGGAGAUUCUGAAAAGUGUUAUUUCUUUUGUCCACAGGCACUUUCAAGAACUUUGGGAUGUAAAAAUUAUAUGAAAUCUUUACCCAUGACCAACAAAACAAUCAUUGUUUUAAUUAUAUAUAAGCUCCAUGACUCCUUUUGGUGCUAAUGAUUCUAUUUCACAGACCAAACAUUUUAGUACAUUAAUAUCCUUAAAUGUAUUACACAGAAAUUUUAAAAAUGGGGGAAAUCCAUGAAUUGGCACUCUUUUUCAAAAUCUCAUUACUACCUUUUCUAGAAUGAAUUUCUAGGAAGAGAAUACUUUUUCUUUAAAUACCUUUUCUUUUCUUUUUCUUUAAAGAAUACUUUCCCCUUUAAAUCUCUGAAUUUUCUUCUAUUGUCUAAAUCUUUCCUGCCCUUUAUAAAAGUUUGAAAAUGAAAAAAAAUAUUGACUGAUGAUAUUCUAAUAUAAAAGGUUAAUUCUUAGACCUUACAAGUAGUGUGAGAAAACAGACCAGAUAUGACCAAAAUACUGUGGAUUAAUGGACUGCAGAGCAGGAUUCAAGCAGAGCACAGUCCUUGAUAACAGGUCACAUCCUUUACUUUCUGGUACUAUCCUUCUUGGACAAACCAAGGAUUAGGAUUUUGUAGAUAUUUUUAGUAUAAGUAAGAGUAGCAACAGAUGAAAAGCCUCACAAACCAUUUUUGUAUCUUCAAUAACCUUAGAAAAAUUCUGCUGUGGAAGCAGGUUGAGCUGUAAUUUAUCAUCUUAUAAUAAUGUCACUCUCAGACUCAUGACCAUAUGUUCUUUCCUGUUUCUUUCUCUUUUCCUCUCUUUCCUGGUCUCCCCUUUUGGUCCUCUUUUUCUCCCUUCCUGAUAUGCAUGUGUUACUGCAAAUCUCCAAUUCAAAGGAGGUAUAUAUGCCUUUACUUAGCCAGUUUUAAAAGAGGACUCAAAAUGGAAGACAUGCUGCUGAAUCUGUGUUGCUGUUUUUUCAGUGCCAUACUUUUGAUACCUUCCAAUUUGUUCACCGAUAUAAAUGCAAAUUGGGAAAGUAAUUAAACCUGUAUACUGUUGAUGCUGUCA